AUGAGUAUCGGUGUCAUCUUUCUAGCCAAUAGUUGUCCGAACUCGAUGGCAACAUGGAUGCAGUUCUUGACAGCAUACAUCGUCUUUCACCGCAGUGUUGAAGGCAAAAGUGGGACCUUCGCACCGACGAGUACAACACCGGCACCAACAGGCGAUCUCAUUCUCGUCGCCGGCCUAUCUAGAUAUGAUAGAUGCGUCUAUUUCCUCAUCCUAAUCAAUGCCUCUUCCAUCUUUGCCUCCAACAUACCGAUAGCAAAAUACAGCCACGAUGCUGUGGUGUCAGAUCCCCCACGCCUCCCCUUUCCGGACAACGAUCCCAAGGCCACUCUGAACGUGGAGAUGAGAGAAGCCCCGCCGAAGUUGAUCCCGACUAUGGCCAUUCCAGCCGCAAAACGACUGUACACUCGUCCUUACGGUGGCAGCCGAGUACUGGCUCUCGCCGGAGAUCAUAGACACCAUCGCGCAGUCCGGAGUUGCAUACCCAAAGAAGAAGGACCUCCACCUGGCGGCGUACUGAUGCAAGCACGAGAGGGCAUACGAGGCGGCGUCACUGCGAUUGAUCGCCGAGAUAUCAGAAAUCAGCUAUCAUUCACGCAAUGCCCUACUGCCAAUGCAACAUCCGCAAGCCAGCGGUGGAGGCGGUUCCUCCGCCGUCACGAAAACACAAACCGGGUCACAACUGCCGCAGCAUCUUCAGUCCUCCGCAACGUCGACAUAGAUAUCUUACCGAGGGGCACGCCGUACAUAUCGAUCAGCUCCAUGAUGAGACCAGCUGAUGUGAAGAUGUCAAAGGCGUUGGAAUUCAACCGCGUUGGACAAUGUCACGUGCCGGGCCCGCCUCUGGGGCACCACAAGACGUUGAUGAAGUGCUCCAUGGUGUGCGAGGAUUCCGUGCCGCAUGGAGAGAACGACAGGGAAAGAGAGUCCGAGGGUAUGCACACGUUUCCGAAAACGGGAAGUGCUAAGCAGAUUUGCGUCGGAGCUGAAAGCUCCAUGCAUUCGGACAGGUCAUAUCUCAAGUUGACCAAGAUUGGAACCAGACAAAAAAGUGAAGUGAGGCUAGCAGGUAUGUCAUGGCUGGCUUUCUCAAACGCCUACAAGAAUUUCGACCUUGACCACCGCGUCCACCUGGAGUAG